UCUCCUCCGCUCUUUGUUUGCCUUGGGCUGCGCUUGGUUUUGUGUUGUGUAGCCCACUCAUCUCUCAUUUCUCUUCUCCCUCCGCCUUCUCUCCCCAUUCAUUCAUUCUCCUCCUAGGUUAGGAAUCUCUUGAUCAAGAGCGUCCUGGGGAAGCAUCAAUCUCUGGCAGGCAUCGGCGCGCUAGGGUUUGAUCUGUGAAUCUCGGCGCAUCAGCAGCAGCGCCAGCGAGCGAUUCGAGAUUUGUAGCGGGGAGGAGCGAGCGGCAGAGUGCUCGCUGCUAAGGCCCCGAAUUGGCGAGGCUUGGAUCCGGCGGCAGCAGCGGCGGCACGCCUCCAUCGGAAGCUUCUUGUUGAUAUUCUCUCCAGUUUCUUGCUUCUUGUUGCCGCAUGGUGUGGAAUUCUUUUCUUUCGGGGCCAGCCAGGGGAUUCUCUGCCGCGAUGAGGAGCAUUGGCAGGGGCUAAUUCAGUUUCUUGACGGAUUUCCUCCACCGGGCCUCGAAAGCAUUCGUCGGCCUCGAAAUUUUCAGGGAGGAAAAAGAUUGGAAGCGAAUUCAUGGGGAGAUUGUGACGGCAAAUCGGCAUGGCUUCCAUGUCCAGAGGGCGUCCUGGCAGCGGUGAAGGAAUUCCAGAAAAGGGAGAGAGUUCGCCGAUGCAUCUCUUCUUGUGGUGUUCUUGGCCACCGGUUCUUCAGUUUUGACGGGGGCUAGUUUUUUUUCUUCUUCUUUUUCGUCCUCCUUAGAUUCAAGCGCUAUGAUGGACAGAGCAAGAGAAGGGCGAAGAACAGGCAGUAGUGGCCCAGUUUCUGCCCCUCGGCGGCCUCGCACGACUGGCUUCAAAGACUCUCCAGUUCAUGACGACGACGAAAUGAUAGACGAGGUCCAGAAUUCCAGGCUGCGCGAGAGGAUCAAGAAGGACAGCCUAGUGUCGGUCGUCUCCUCUGGAGCAACGCUGCGGAACAAGCGAAAGCGGCAAGAGGCGCCGGCGCCCAGCGCGGUGGAUGAGGCGGAGGAGAGCUCGGAUGACACGGAUGGAGCGACCGAAGAGGACGAUGAUCCCCCUCCUCCAACUAUUCCUCGGUGGCCUGGGAAGCCAAGGCCGAGCUCCAAGGAAGAGGGCAUUGGAUUAGAUCUUCCAGCGGUUCCUCGUAAAGCUCGCUCUGCAAUCGUGAAGCGACACCACGAGUCUCCACAGCUGCCAAAUGCCACAUCCCAUCACUCUUCCUCUCCCACGGCAACUCCUAACAUUCCUUCUUCUACGUAUACGAGUGGCGGAGCUGGGAAGCCCGGCCGUCGAAUGAAACCAAAUGGGUCAAAACCACGGCCAGCAAAAGCACCGAAGUCCUCGCCUGCUCCAAUAUCCGAGCAGGAGGUCGAAGUUGCCGAGGCUCUAUUCGAUUUGGCUAGAAUGGUGCCUAAUCUCCAAAAGAGCGAGAACAACAAGAUGGAUUCUCGGGCGGAAGCGAAGUUGGAUAAAGUUUCCGCUUCUCCUGCUAAAGCCGCGUCCUCCCCCGCUCAGCCUGGAACUCCUUUAUCCCCUCCCUCUCUCAAUAAUGUAACAUCACACCCUGCUGAAGCAUGCUCUGUUUCAGCACCUCGAAGAAAACGGCCUCGCAUAAGGCCACGAUCGGAUGAAGGAGGCUCGGCACCUGGAGGGCGCGUGGGGGUUGUUUCACUGGGCAGGGAACAUGAGCAAGGAGCUCGGAACGAGAGGAAAAUCGAUAACUUUUCCAAGUUAACCGGCACUUCUGCUCCAAGUCUUGCAGGGACCCCGGUAUCGGCGUCGGCUCAAGCUGCUGAGCCUUGUGAUACUGAAUUGAAGAAGGCUGACAUCGCACCUGAGGUGAAGACGAGCUUGGCCGAGCGAAAGAGUGCCGAAACAGUAACGAACGCUAAUGCGGAUCUGAAUAAGCGGAAGUUUUCAUCUGGCGAAAACAGGCCGGCGAAAUUUGAAAUUGAUCUUAUGGCCCCUCCAUCGACAUCUUUGCAAAAUGAUAGGCAAAAUGAUAUGGAGAGUUCUGAUACGGAUCGCAAGGAAAAUAUGGACGUUCAAGCUGGCGGCACGGCUGAACUAUACUGGCUAGAAGAGCGAGAGAGGUUGAAGGAAAAAGAUAAAGAGGAGCAGCGGGAUCAGAAAUUAGAUGAAAGCGAUACGAGGAAGGAGGCCGAACCGCAAGUAAAAGAUGAGAGGGAAUUUUUAGACCUCAAUAAGCAAGGAAUGGUGGGUAUGAGAUCCACCAAAGGCCUCAAGGUCGAUGCAAAGAACUCACAGAAGGCGGAUCGAUCAGUUUCCGCGGCUGUAGUGUCUGCUGCAUCAUCAUUCCUAAAUGCGACUACUGGUACUAGCCACACCGCGCCUGCUCGGGCGAAUUGGCCUGCAGGUUACUAUGCCCCUCCUCCCUCGGCUGUUGCGGCUGCAGCUGCUCAAGCAGCAGCACUUACCGGUACUUCUACCGAAGAAAACAAUGCUUCGCAUCCACAGAUAAUGCCAUAUCUAAGCGGUCGUCAUACGUGGAAACGUUGCGCUAUUCACGUUUUUAUCGCCCGGUUUAUUGAUCUUCAACAGCAAGUGGCUCGACACUCCUUAAUGGCAGCAACCUUAAGCUAUGGAGGAAAGCCGUACAAUCUCAACAUUCCUGCUGAUGCUGUCUUCGCAAAUGGCGGUAUUCUUCCUUCAGCUAGUGGAAUGGGCUCUAGCGUUUCUUCUGGGCUUGCACUCGAGAGAAAUACGCAACAAUCCAAGGCAGGACCAUUUAUGGACACGCUUUAUAGAAAGCAUCCUGCGCAACAACAGCAGCAACAUGUUCAAAGUCCAGCCUUUGGAUUUCCUGUUAGUCAGGGUCUGCCAACUAAUGCCUCAGGAUCCGCGGGGUCAUCAGGCUUGAUGCCAGGUAGCAAUGGCAACGGAUCAGGAAACUCGAGUGUUUCCGGAACUGGAAGCAGCAGUGUGGCAUCAAUGGCUGCGCAAGCUCAGUUUUUUCAGGCAGUAAUGCAGCAUAAUCCUUUCCCAUUCCCGUUUCCGACGUCUCAUUUCGGCUCCCAUAAUUUCAACGGAGCACAAAGUCUCACCCAACAGGCAGCUCAAUUUGUGAACAAUCCAUUCUAUGCCCCGCAUCUUGUGCAACAGCAGCAGGGCCAGUCUCAAAAACCGCAACAGGGUGGCCGUGUUUUCUCCGCUUUGGGGGGUUCUCAACAGCAGCAACUUUCAUCGUCAGCGUAUAGUUCGAGCCUGGCAGGAGCUUUACCGGGUGAAAAAGAUUGCAGGGAAGCUGGCGACAACAAAAUGCUGCAACGCCUUAUGUUCUCCCAGCAAACGUCAAGUAAUGGAACUGCGACGCCUCCGGUUGUGGUCGGACCAGAUGGAUGCCAGGACUUCUCCUCGUUGGGCGGUAAACACGUAGGAAAGCUGCAGCCGGGCUCAGUUCAACAACAUCCGGGAGUUCCAUCGCAGGCGGGACAACAUGCAAAUGCGUCCUUGCAUAUGAGUUUGAAAGGAAUGGAGUCGCAGGCGUCGCAAGUUCAUGGAUCUUCGGCUGCCUCCCGGGGGUCAGUUGGACCAGGCCCACUCGGACUUGCUUCGGUUGCUGCUGUAAUGGCCCCGCAAGGCCAUACAGUACUUCAAGGUAUGGCAGAUCAAGGAAGGAUGCAUCCACAUGGUCAGACGCAGACUCAUUUGCACGCAAUGCAGGCCGGGCAGCCUCGUUCUCUGAGGGUCGAUGAACUAUAUGAAGGGAACAAUCAGACCAGCGUUGACGAGAGAAAGCUUGCGGCUAAACGGUCGGCACCAAUCUCCAGAGUCGACCUUGAAGCGCUACCCAUGCAAGCAUCUCCGACGAGUGGCAGCUCUUCAUCUCGAAUGGCAAAUGCCGCAAUGAAUCUCCUGCCUGCGGGGUCGGUGUCAUCACGUCUUCAUCAAACUCAGUCUGGUGCUGCUCCUUUGCAACAACAGCCCGUCAACCAGAACAUGAAACAAGCGGCGGCUGCUGCUGCGAGAGCAAAAGCCCCGCCAGCUACUUCGGGGUCACCGGUAGCGUCCUUCAAUGAUCGAUCUUCGUUGAAUAGGAACUCCGGCAAUGGAAUGCCGUUUCCAGCCCAGGGUGGAAUGGCUGCCAUGCAAGCGACCUCGAAACAAAACCAGGUGGUGUCGCAGCAUCCACAGCUGAAGCUUUCGCAGAGGCCGUCGGUAGCAGCCGUACCUGGUGCGUCGGUAAUAGCUGCUGCCAUGUCGAAGAACCAAGUACAACCUGCUCGAAGCCCACAAAGCUCUUCACCCUCGCAGAGGCUUCCGCCUGGAAGUCCAGCUCCAGGUUCGCCAUCGGUAGCAUCGAAGCAGCAGCAGCAGCAGCAGCAGCAGCAGCAGCAGCAACAGCAACAGCAGCAACAAGGCUCUGUCAACCAGAAGAACGCGAGCAAAGCUACGUAUCCUCCACACAAGCCAGCAGCAGUGUUACCUGGGAAGCGGUCGCCUAAUGGUCCAGCGAUGCCUAAUGCAGCGCCACAAAAUCAACCAUCAUCGAAAGGCAUGCAGCAGCAGCAGCAACAACAACAACAAUUGCCGCAGCAACCUUUGCAGUCGUCACCUCAGCAUUCUCCUCACAUGAGCCAGCUGCAGCAGCACGCGAACCAGAAGCAUCAGCUACGUCAAAACCAGAUGUUCCUCCAUCAGCAGUACUUGCAGCAGCAGCAGCAGCAACAACAGCAGCAAGGACUUGCGCAGCAGCAGCAACAGCUUCCUCAGGCACCGCAGUUCCAGCUACAGGGCGCGGGUUCUCCAUCCACAAACGGGCUGUCGCUGGGAUCGCAAAGCCUGUCCCUGGGAUCAGGCAGCAACGGGACCCCUGUCAAAAACGGUGGUGGCGUUAUGGACAACAACGGUUUCGGCCAAGCCCCCAUGUCCAAGCCUGCCGCUUCCCCAGGCUCUAGAGCGUCGUCCGUGCCUUCCAUGCCGGGCACUCCGCAGCGUGUAAACGGCACUGUGGUGCCUGUGUUGCAGCACCAGGCGGGCUCUCCAAGUGCGAGCCACCAGCAGCAGCUGCAGGCGGCCGCUUUCUAUCCGGGAGGAGGACCCGCCUCGCUGAAGACGCCCGAUUCAAAGAAUGAUGCCAAUCCAUUAGCGGAGAGGUCGCCAGCGAUCCCGUCCACAUCAUCGAUGCCGUCCCCACACAAGGCAUCCGUAUCCAGCUUUUCGAGCCAGGCACCUGGGAGGCAGCAGCAGCAGCAUCCGCCUGGAACCCCUGGAGGAGGUGGUGGCGGUGGUGGUGGCAAAGGGAGCUAUGUGGGAGCAGCGUCGUGUACAGCAGCCGGAGUCGAUAACGGCGGUGCCGCGUCGUCGCAAGCUCAAGCUCUGGCGGCGUCGAAUCCAGUGGCGGCGGCGGUGGCAGCAGCCAACUUUGUAAAUUCGAGCGGAGUGAUCCAGCAGCAGGGAGGAGGAGGAGGCGGAGGUGGCGGAGGGAACGGUGGUGCAGUGUUGGCGUCGUCAAUGCCUUUGGUGGCCGCGUCGCCAAUGGCAGUAGCGUCCACAGCAGCAGCGGCGGCGGCGGUGGCCUCGAGCGGAGGAGCGCCGGGUCUGCUCGGCCAAUCUUCGGCAAGCGCGCUGAGGCCAUAAAAACAGAGAAAUGGCGGGAUGGAGGAAGUUCUACUAGUUCUUCUGGUUCUUCGUUUGAUAGCUGGCUGGCUGGCUGGAAGAUAUGUAUACUCGAAACCACCCGGCGGCGAGCGAGCGAGCGAGCGGGAAGAGAGCUCUCGAGCGAACAAAGAGAGAGACACGCAAGAACAAAAGCAAGGAAGAGGAAGGCGCGAAGAAGAGAAAAAAGAGCUCCCAGGUAAAAAGAGCAAACCUUUUUGUGAUAAAUGUCUUCGCUUCUCUCAAUCCAUGUACAUUAUCAAA